GCUGAUGGAUCUACCGCCCCUGUUCCCCCCUCUGAUGGGUCUACAGCCCCUGUUCCCCCCACUGAUGGCUCGACCACCUCUCCCCCUCCCACUACUUGCAUCAUGGACCAAGGUGCCGUGCAGGCAGGCCUCUCAUGGGUUUGUGGCGCUGGUGGCGCUGACUGCUCUGCCAUCCAGCCCGGGGGUGCGUGUUACGAACCGAAUACACUGACUGCGCAUGCCUCGUAUGCCUUCAAUAACUAUUAUCAGAAGCUGGCACACGUGCCUGGGAGUUGCUUCUUUGGGGGGACGGCUGCAGUGGUGCCGGCUCUGCCUGCGUAUGCACCUGAGAGUGGUGCCUGCAAGUAUCCUGCAGGGAAUAAUCAGUAUUGUGUGGUAGGCUGCAAGUGAUAAAAUAAUAACACCAACAUCGUACG